GAUCUAUUCGCGCCGCUUCGGCCCUUUGGAAGGCGCAGCAGCCCCCCCCCCCGCCUGCCUUAACGCUUCUGCCCCUCCAUUCCCCCCCCACCCACCCCCCUUUCAACAAGCAACCCGACAGAGAGACAAAAUACCCUUCAACAUGGAUGUAAGAUUUUACCCAGCUGCAUCGGGGAGCUCUCUACCCGGAGAUCCUUCCAAUCUGGACUUUGCCCAGUGUUUGGGUUACUACAGCUACAACAAGUUUGGCAACAACAAUAACUACAUGAACAUGGCAGAAGCAAAUAAUGCCUUUCUUACCGCAAAUGAGCAAACAUUCCACACUCCAAGUCUAGGAGAUGAAGAGUUUGAGAUCCCACCAAUUACACCACCACCUGAACUGGAUCCCACAAACCUAGGGAUGGCGGAUAUACUCUUGCCCUUUCAAAGCCUGAGCGAUCAGUUGACUGCACAAGGGAGUGAGUUUACGCCCCAAUUUCCACCACAGAGCUUGGACCUUCCUUCCAUCACGAUAUCUCGGAACCUUGUCGAACAAGAUGGUGUCAUCCAAAGCAAUGGAUUGCAUAUGGAUCAUAAUCAUACAGAUGUGUCUCAAUAUCGCCAGGACCACUCUUUGAUUAUGAGAUCGAUUGCCCAUAUGACAGAUGCCGCCCGUUCAGGAAUUAUGCCUCCUAACCAGCUGACCACCAUUAACCAGUCCCAACUAAGUGCUCAACUGGGGCUGAAUUUAGGAGGUGCCAACUUGCCACAUACUUCCCCAUCCCCGCCUGCUAGCAAAUCGGCAACUCCUUCCCCGUCCAGUUCUAUAAACGAAGAAGAUGCAGAUGACACAAACAGGGCUGCUGGAGAAAAGAGAGCUGCCCCCGAUUCUGGCAAGAAGCCCAAGACUCCAAAGAAGAAGAAAAAGAAAGACCCCAAUGAACCACAGAAGCCGGUGUCUGCAUAUGCCUUGUUCUUCAGGGAUACGCAAGCAGCAAUUAAAGGGCAGAACCCCAAUGCGACCUUUGGAGAGGUGUCAAAAAUUGUAGCAUCAAUGUGGGACAGCUUAGGAGAAGAGCAAAAGCAGGUAUAUAAAAGGAAAACGGAAGCUGCCAAGAAAGAAUACCUUAAGGCGCUUGCUGCCUACAGAGCAAGUUUGGUUUCCAAGGCUGCUGCUGAGUCAGCGGAAGCUCAGACGAUCCGUUCUGUUCAGCAGACGCUGGCGUCCACCAACCUGUCGUCCUCUCUUCUCCUGAAUGCUCCCCUUUCCCAACAUGCCGCCGUGGCCACCUCGCCUCCGACUCUCCAGCAGUCCCUCCCCAGGGCCAUCGCCCCCAAGCCUUUAGCCAUGCGGCUGCCCAUGAACCAGAUCGUGGCUUCCGUCACGAUCGCCCCCAACCUGCCCACAAACAUUUCCGCCCCCUUGAUCAGCUCCAUGGGGACCAGCCUGGUGGGCACGCCGGCGUCGGCCUCUUCGCAAGUCAGCCCCUCCUUGCAGAGCCAGCAGCACCAGCUGCAGCAGCUGCAGCAGAUGCAGCAGCAGCAGAUGCAGCAGCAGCAGCUCCACCAGCACCAGAUGCACCAGCAGAUCCAGCAGCAGAUGCAGCAGCAGCAUUUCCAGCACCACAUGCAGCAGCACCUGCAGCAGCAGCAGCACCUGCAGCAGCAGCUCAACCAGCAGCAGAUGCAGCAGCAGCUGCAGCACAUGCAGAUGCAGCAGAUGCAGCAGCAGCAGAUGCAGCACAUGCAGCACCAGUCGCAGCCUUCCCCGCAGCAACAUUCCCCCGUGGCCUCGCAGAUCACCUCCCCAGUCCCCGCCAUCGGCAGCCCGCCUCCAGCUCCCCAACAGCACCAGCCCCAAAUACAAACCCAGACACAGACUCAGCUGUUAUCACAAGCCAGUAUUUUCUGAAGUCAUCACUCAUUCCCUUCUUGCAAAGCUGCUUUGCCUUUAUGAAUUGGGGCCAGGGUAAAUCACGGAUGGCUGAGAACUGUAUAUUGCUGGUGUGAGUUAUGCAGGGAUGCAUAAGAGAUCAAGUGAGCCUCUAAACUGUCUAUUAGAUAGGCAAUAAAGAACUACAAUGUAGCUGUGUAUAACCUUUUAGCCGACUAUAAAUAUUUCUCUCCCCCCACCCCACCCCCUUUGGUUUUCUUCUUUUUAAGAAAAAGCUGUGCUCUUCUUCUUCUUCAUGGGAUGCCUUCGUUAAUUUAUUUUGAGCUUUACCGACAAUAUGUGAAUCAGACUCUCUUGCAUAUGCCUGGGCAUUACGACGGAAAAAAGUUUCCGAUUGUAGCUGUUCUUUUCUUUUCAAAUUAGUCAAUGCAUUUCAAAACCAGGUUUUGGCUUUUUGUUGUUGUUGUUGUUAGUUUGAACUCAUGAAGCCCUUAAAAGCACAGCUGUAACUACCUGUAAAAUGUUGAUUGGAAUUCAUGCAAUCACACUCGUUUGACAUGAGUAGUUGACGGUGUUUUUCUCUGUCAUAAAAAAAAACUAAUGUAAAAAAAAAAAAUCACAGACUGUUUGCCAAAGUUCUUUUAUUUCUUUUAAAAAUAUCUUCUGAAGAAGCGGGGAAAAGCCCUGCAAGUGACAAUUUUUAAAUGUCAAAGCCCAUCUUAUCAAUCAUCUUUAGCUAUAAUUUAUCCUAAUGCAGCAGUACUUUCAAAUAAAAUAUAUUCUUACCCUGUUCUGCUUAUUCCGGUUAAAAAAAAAAUGUGAAUAUUCUAUUCUGUGUUUGGGUGACAACUUUCAGAUUUAAUACCUGUAUUUUUUAAAAAAAGGAAAUGCACUUAAAUAAAACUGUUAUUACAAAAAAAGGUAAGAAGGAAAAAAAUUGUGAUUUUUUAAAUAUAUGCUGUAAUACCAGUAGACUAUUUAAAAGGAUUGUCACAUCUGAAUAAUCAGUGUAAAUAUUUUCUUUGAAAAGUUGUAAGUUUUUUUUUCAUAUCAUGUGUUGUAAAGAUUUCAUAAAUGAGGCUUUAAUGUAAACACUGGUAACAUGAACGAUUUAAUUGCUA